AUGGCCAAAUUGGCAGCUUGCGGUCGCGUCGUACAUGGGAAGGUGGAUGCCCUCCUGUUGAAUGUUAAAUUGGCGGGAGGAGUGCUGGAUGCGUGUGGCUCGGCAAGCGAUGCUAUCAAGGUGGUCCUGGAAGCCCACAGCUUAAACGUUUCCACGAACGACUUCAAUCCCCGGUUGACAGCGGAUACCCAUUUGGACGCGACGUCGGAGGAAUUUACAGCGAUGUUUAGCACGGAGGGGCAGCGUCCUGAUUGGAUCGUUACGAGUCCGCCCUAUGGCAACGCAUUCAGCAUCUUGGUCCGGGCGUUGGGGGUAGUAAGAGUGGGCGUGGCGUUUAAGCUCAGGCUGUCGUUCCUGGAGCCCACCAAAACACGGGGGAAGUGGCUGAAAGACAACCCUCCAAGUGCGGUGGUUGUGCUUCCCCGCGCGACGUACUGCGGCCGCGUGUGCUCAUCUACGGAGGCGUGGUUUAUUUGGCACCUUGCAAGCGACGGCGUGGAACGUCCCGGGCAGGCGUUCUUUUUCGAUGCGUGCAGCUGA